AUGGGGACGGUGGUGGAGAUGGUGAUGGUAUUGGAGGUGGAGAGGAAAAUGGUGACAGUGGUGGAGCCACUGUGGGGCCCCGGGGCCCAGCACCGAUACCUGGGUGUCUCCAUUCCCUUCCCCCAAACUCUGCUCUCCAGGGGCUAUGCUGAGUCUCCCCAGGAGGAGAGCUCCGACCGGAAAAGUAAAGCAAAGCUGGACACUAGACUGGUGUACAAAUGUCUACAGCCCUUCCUAAGGCUCCGGAGAAGGUCUACCUCGGGCCCUCCCGGGAAUCCCGGGACCAGCUGCGGAGACCAGGCAGCGCCCGGCCAGCGGAAGAAGGGCUCUGGAGCCCGGGACGAGCGCUCCAAGCGCACGGGAGUCAGCGAAACGCGGCGCCCAGCGGCUCGGCGGCGGGGGAGCGCCCUCUCCCGCGCCCUCGCGGUCUCCCGCGCCGGCCAGCGGCGCGCACGGGGCCAUUUGCAGCGCAGGCAGCCUCGAGAGCGGCCGCGGCGCAACGGCGGGGAGCGAGGCGGCACCAUGGAGCUGAAGAAGGACAGCAACGCCGUGUCCAUCGACAUGCUGUUGAUCGUGCACUCGGAGAAACGGCGCGCAGCGCACGGCACGCACUCGGACCGGCAGGCGGACCCGGGCGCGCUGCCGCAGCGCAGAGGAGGACUCCAAGGUGUCGGAAAUGGAAUCCGGAGAUGGCAGAAAUUCGAAGGAAAUAACGUGCAUGGAAACCUGGCGGAGAAACAGCACCCUCAGCAGACCCAGGUCAUCACUUCCUACGACAACCAAGGGACACAGCUGACUGUGGAGGUCCACCCUCGAGAUGCCAUGCCCCAGCUGCUCAAGAAGUUCUCCUUGGCUAAACGUUUACAAGGUGAUAAAAAUGGAAACACAAGACCCCGGCAGCCUGGAGCAAAAGAUGCCCAUGUUUACCCCUGGGAUCGGUCCAGCCUGAAAUCCAUGCCCCUGGACCUACAGGAGUUUGAGAAACUGGACACGUAUGCCUCACAGGUGACAGUCAAGAGUGGCCUGGACGAGCUGGUGAGCGACCUGCUCCAGGAGGCCCACAGUGACCUGGAGAGGGUCCGCGUGAUCUGGAUCUGGAUCUGCCACCACAUAGAGUAUGACAUUGAGGCUGCCCAGGAGAAGGACCGCCAGGCCUUCAAGCCCACUGACAUCCUGCGGACCCAGAAGACCAACUGUGACGGCUACGCUGGACUCUUUGAGAAGAUGUGCAGGAUCGCUGGAGUGCAGUGCAUGACUGUGCCUGGCUACUCCAAGGGCUUUGGCUACCAGACAGGACAGAGCUUCUCCGGGGAGUUUGACCAUGCCUGGAAUGCUGUGUACCUGGAGGGGAGAUGGCACCUGCUGGACAGCACGUGGGGCAGCGGCCUGGUGGACUCUGCCACCUCCAAAUUCACCUUCCUCUACAAUGAAUUCUACUUCCUCACCCAUCCUGCACUGUUCAUCGAGGACCAUUUCCCAGACAACAAGAACUGGCAACUGCUCAAACCUCCUCAAUCUCUGAAGCAGUUUGAGAACAACAUGUACCACAAGAGUGAAUUCUACAACAAAGGGAUGUUGAGUGCCCACCCAGAGACUUCGGUGAUCAAAACAGUGAACGGGAAGGCCACUGUCACCGUUGAGAGCUGUGCCCCCACGCUCUUCAUGUUUAUGCUCAAUGGCAAGCAGGAGCAUGGGCUGCUGAGCCUCAGGAAGAACGGGAUGAAGCUGGACAUAUACCCUCCAACCGUGGGCACCCACAAGCUGCAGAUCUUUGCCAAAGGCAAGUCUGACAUCUACAGCUCGGUGCUGGAGUACACGCUCAAGUGCAACUACGUGGACAUCGGCGUCCGGCUGCCAGCUGAGCUGCACCAGCCCGUGGGCCCCAGCUGGUUCUCGGAGCAGAUGGGCAUCAUGAAGCCCUCCCACCCCGACCCCAUCAUCCACACCAGCGACGGGCGCUGCUCCGUCAGCUUCGGCGUGGAGGAGGGCAUCAGCGUCCUGGCUUCCCUGCACGGGGACGAAGGCCCCAUCACCGAGGAGACGCAGCGGCGCUACAUCUUCCAGACGCAGCGGGAGAAGCGGGCAGAGCUCAAAGUCCAGUUGCCCCAGGCCGGCAAGUUUGCCCUCAAGAUCUUUGUCAAGAAGAGGCUGGAGCCGGGCAACUAUGUCUUCGUCUUCAAUUAUCUCCUGUGCUGCACCAACACCAAGGUGAACUGGCCCAUGUUCCCGGAGAGCUUUGGCAACUGGGGGCAGGACAAUGAGCUGCUGGAGCCUCUGUCGGGCGUGCUUCCUGCCAACCGGAACGUCCCGUUCAAACUGAAGCUACAUGGCAUCGCCAAAGCCCUGGUGAAGGGGCAGGACACGUGGCCCCUGACCCUGAAUCGAGAGGGCUACUGGGAGGGCAGCUGCAACACGGCCGGCUGCCAGGAAGUCUAUGUCAUGGUGCUGGAGAACGCCAACCACAACUUCUACUCCUACAUCCUGAAAUACAAAGUGAACGCCCAGUGAGGGCCGGCACCCCGGCCACACCCUCCCAGAGGGCCGAGGCCACACUUGCCCAGGGAGGGCCCAACGGGAAGUGCAGAGAGCCCUGGACACCGAGUCUGCAUGAAAUCACUUCUAGGCCUCUGCCCCAGUCUCUCCGCUCUGCCGCGGGAGCUGUGACGCUUCUGUUCUGAUGGCUGCACUCGGUUGUGGCGGUGGCCGAGGGGACUGAGGCAAAGGCCCUUUAGAAGAAAAAGGUGCUAUGUAAAUCCAAGGUAUUGUAAACUGUACACCCCUGCCCAGAUGCCCCCUUCUCGUGUUAAUGCUGUUGUUGUUUUUAUAGGGCUGAUGUGGGAAAGCAGGGACACGGCUCAGGCAGAAAGCUUUUCACGUGAUGGUGGGAGAGUUCUCCUCUGUGCCCAAGAGGGACCUGAUCUGCAAGGCUGAGUUAUUCUGAAUCACAGAGCCCCUUGCAGGCAGCAUCAGUGUGUCUCACCAAUUCCCGGACCCCCGGGAGGGUUGCACUGCCGUUUUUUUCCCAGACCUGACCGUCUUCAGCAUUCCUGCUGCCUCUCGCUCCUCAAGAGCCUUAGAAAAAAGAAGGUGUGAAGAGGGAGCUGGCCGGCCCAUGAUGGGCUGGAGGCUCCACAAUCCCUGUGCAUACCUGUGAUGUGGCAACAGAAAAGUUACAGGGGGACUCCCGGUGCCCACCCUUGGGUGUCUGGGGUAGAGGGCCCGGGGGUGAAAGAUGCCACGUUAGCCCUGCCACCUGAGUCUAAGGGUGAGAGACCUCCUACUCUGUGCUCCCAGAGGAACCUGAGGGUCAGUUCAGUCUAGUUAGUUGGUGGCCCUCCAGGCCCUCUCAGAGCCUGACCGCAGGCCCUGGCCUGCAGCUUUCAUAAGAGGCUGCUAGAGCCUUGAGGGGGGCCUUGUUGGUAACCCUAAACAAAGACCUGGGCAGGGAGGCCAGGCAGGAAGUAGUGCAAAUACCGUAGUGCCAAGCAGACUCAUGUAAAAACACAGUUCUGCCGGCCCCCAGUGGUCCCUACCAGCAAAGCCUGGCUGGGGUUGGGUGGGGGGGACCUCCACCUGCUCUGAGAGCAGUUUCUGUGCUCGUCCAUAUUCCAUCUCCCUUCCUUCCUUUCUCUGACAUGAGAGACCCUGGGGUCCUGCCUUCCACGCUUGCUCAGCCCUGGGAGCCUCAGCUGCCCACCGGCCCUCAGCAGCACCUCAGGCCGGUGUUGCCAUGGCAACAACCAAGAGGCUGGCUCCUGCAAGGGCAGCGCGAGAGGGAGGGAUGGAGAGGCCUUGUGUGGUCACUGCAACACCCUCCUGGCUCCUGGAGGCCCUGCAGGUGCUCCCUGUCUCCUGGCCUCUCAGCUCUGUGGCCCCUGCCUAACCCAGCACCCCCACCCUGAGAGCUGGCACUGGCCAGCACUGCCCCCACCCCCCACCAUUCUAAAUGUCCUCAGGCUCAGCCACAGCCAGGGCCAGCCCGAUGCUCGUGCCUUCAUCCGCACAUUUGUGUCUUCAGCAAAUGUUCACGGGGCACUUAAUAUGCACCAGGCACUGUGCUAGAUGCUGGGGUUAUGGGCAGGACCAAGGGGCCCUUGCCCCUGCCAUCUCAGAGCUCAGGGUGGGCAGCAGCAGCCUCCCCUGCACAGGCCUGUCUAAAGCUCCAUCCUAACACGUCAGGCCAUCAUCUCCCCGAAGAUCCCCGCUGCCACCCAGCUUGGACCUGGCCCACGGCCACGUUACAGGGAAGCCCAUCCUCUACCAGGCUGGGGGUCCUGGAAACGAAGGGAGUACACCACGAGGGUCUGAGCUCUGCCCUGGCCUAUGUCCAGUCCUCUGGCAGGCUCCGCCACCCAGGCAUUUGGCACUGCAUCACUCAGGCCUGGAAAAUACACAAAGGCCCCAGAGGCGGAACUGCUAUGCACUAAGACAGGAAAACAAGGGGAGUUUUUACACCCUGAAAACAGCCUCUUUUCACACCUUUGAUUUUAUGGGCUGAAAGAAAUGUGCUGUGUUUUGUCAAAAUAGUAAGUGCCUUCUGUGAUUCAUGUCACUCACUGGACCCAGAGCCAUGGCUAGUCCUGAUGAGAACGGCAUGUAUCUUUUUUAAAAUAAUAUAAUUAAUACCUUCUGGAGCAUGCAGAGAAUGCCACCCAGCAAAACAGGAGCUGCCCCAGGAACCAAGACAAGGCCCAGCCUCUCAAAGUGUCUGCAGAGCAACCACGUCCCCCCCCCCCCCACCUUUGUAAAGACAGCUGUAGGCACAGUAAAAAAUCACCUGUAUUUCUUUCCACUGAAGUAAAAAUACAUGAAAUGAAAUCCAAUCUUCAUGAAUUUUU